AUGGCUCAUGAGGAUUUCUCUUUGUACCGUCGGACACUAUUAAACCGACAGCAUCAAUAUGAUGCCUCUAUCCGGCUCGGCGAGUACACUCCUUUCCUCUAUCCGUGGGACACGCUACCGGCACUGUACCUGUUGCUUGCCGUUGCAAUCACUCCACGUCUUCCUUUGAGCAUAGCCAGAACUGCUCGCUACAUUGCAUUCAUUCUGGUGCUCCUCCAUGGCGCCUAUGUGGUGUCUCGCAGGCGUACACUCUGGUUUGCUGGCGGAUAUGGAAUCGGGUUAUCUAGUGCCUGGGGUAUCAUCAUGUCAGGCGCUGUCCUGGUUUGCAAUGACCUGGAGCAUGAUUUCAAGAGGCUUGAGACACGAGUUGUGAGGUCGGGACCUGGCGAUCAUCAACCGAACAGAUCAGCGUCGCAUUCUAUUUCUUCCGACGUCGGGAAGUCGGUCGGCGUUCUGAGACAAAAGGUUGCAAGCGUCGACGCCCCAACCAAUUCCAAGCAGAGAUCUUCUGAUAUCCUCGAGCAGCCAGCUACCCGACCGUACAGGCUGGUAUGGCAAGGCUUCCCUUAUGGUGAUGGCUUGCUUCACCUCACCGACUGGACAGUGGACCUCAUGACGAGCUUUCGAGGUGUGGGUUGGAAACACCGGAUUUCGACCGUCAAGUCUAUCGAUGCACCAAUACAGCCUGAUCGAGAGGGAGAAGUGCGCCAGAGCAGAACUGAUGAGGAGCCCAAGCCGAGAUCGAUUUCUGCCCAAAACUUACGAUCUCUUCAGAGAAGGGCUGUACAGGACUUCAUGACCAAUUACUUACUUCUGGAUCUAUUAAAGACGAUGUUCAUCACAGAUCCCUACUUCCUUGGGUUGGCGCCACUAGAGAGUCCUACGCCGUGGCACUGGCUUGGCCACCUCAACGAGACUCUCCCUAUUGCAACACGCCUUGUACGACUUUCUCUGUCCAUGGCAGGUGUCAUCGCGGCACUAUCACUUAUUUUCAGCCUGAGUCCGUUGUUCUUUGGCACCAUCCUCCCGAGCCUGAUUGACACAUCAAAGCUCACCAAAGCGCCCUUGCUUGAGCCUGGCCUAUAUCCCCCUAUGUGGUAUCCGCUUACGACAUCGGUGAUGUACUCGGGUCUAGCAGGGUUCUGGGGUAAAUUCUGGCACCAAAUGUUUCGUUUUGGCAUCUCGGAGCCUUCGAGGGUGUUGGUCAAGAAGCUUCGCCUGGAUCCACGCGGCAAUGUGGCGAGAAUGAUGCAGCUCUUGAUCGCAUUCGGCUUGUCAGGCACAAUCCACGCGCUCGGGAGCUACACUACAUUCUCUCUCCAACAAUCUCACCCUUUGUCGGGACCGUUGUUGUUCUUUCUCUUGCAGGCGCUGGGCAUCUUUCUACAGACGUCCGUGGUCACGGUGGGGAACACACGCCUCUCCUGGACCAGGAAGACGCCAUUAGCUGUUCGCCAGACUAUCAACCUGCUCUUUGUUCUGACUUGGCUUUACUUCACCGGCCCGCUUUUGGCCGACGACUUCGCGCAUUGUGGGAUCUGGUUAUUCGAACCUGUGCCCAUCAGCCCUCUGCGUGGACUAGGUUUUGGUCCGGGUGGGAAGGACGAAGGAUGGUGGACAUGGUAUCAGGAGGGCUCGCGGCUGAUGGGCCUGUGGAAGGGCGAGAAAUGGUGGGAGAGAGCAUUGGCGAUAUACUAG